AUGGCAAGUAAUCCACCAGGAGAAUGCUGUGUCACUGCAACUUUACAUGAAGGUACCCCAAUUGGUUCACAUGAACAAUUAUACGGUUUAAAAACUUACGUUGUUGGAGAAAGUGAAAGUGUUAUAGUUAUAUUAACAGAUAUUUAUGGUAAUGAAUUUAAUAACGUCUUAUUGAUUGCAGAUGAAUUUUCAAAAAUUGGUUAUAAAGUCCUUAUACCAGAUAUUUUAAAAGGUGAUCCAUUAAAACCUGGUGAACAAUUACAAAAAUGGAUUCCUCAACAUACUCCAGAUAUAACAAAUCCAAUAGUUGAAAAUUUUGUUAAACAAGUUAAAACAGAUUUAAAACCUAAAUUUUUAGCUGGGGUUGGAUUUUGUUUUGGUGCUAAAUAUGCUAUUUUAAAUGGUUCAAAUAAAAGUUCAUUACUUGAUGUAAUUGGAAUUUCUCAUCCUUCUUUUGUUGCAUUAGAAGAAGUUGAAGAUAUUAAUGUCCCAAUAACAAUCCAAGCAGCAGAAACAGAUCCAGUUUUCACAAGAGAUUUAAGACAUAAAUCCGAAGAACAACUUUUUAAUAUUAAAGCAAGAUAUGAAAUAGAUUUAUUUUCUCAUGUUGUUCAUGGUUGGGUUGUUAAGGGAUCAAUUGAUGAUUUAAUUGUUAAAUAUGCUAAGGAAAGAGCUAUUUCUAAUAAAAUUGCAUUUUUUAAAAAUGUUGAAUUGAUUAAAUCAAAAUCUUGA